AUGGAAUAAAAUGAAUAUUAAAAUCUAUUAAAAUCUAUUUCAAAUAAAAACUAUAAAGAACUAAUCCAUAAACCUAUCCAAACAGACAUUUAAGAUUCAAUUGAUUUCGGCUUUUAAGCAGUUUAUCAAUCCUAAACUAGGAAAUUUUAUCUUUAAAAUCCCAACGAAUAUCCCAUAGACUUUAAUUUUGAGUCUAAAAUAUUCCAUAUAAAUCCUUAGAUUGGUAAACUAAUGCCAAAACAAGUUUAAUAAAUAUAAAUAUAAUUUACUCCUUUUGAAGCAUCAGCAUUAGUAAGUACAGUAAUCUUAAAUAUAGAAAAAGAAGAUGCUCGAAUAAUAAAAAUUAGUGGUGUAGGAAAAUAUGUAUAUUUAUAAUUAUCGAGUAAAAAAGUGAAUUUCGGUAAACUUUUGAUAGGAAAAAGCUUGAUAAAAUAAAUUUCCAUAAAAAAUAUUUCUCAAGUUUAAACAGAAUUCACCAUUUAAAAAAAAAAUACAGACGAAAAUAUACAUUAAGCAUUUUUUUUAGACGCCAAAGAGGGAUAAAUACCCGGAAAUUCAAUUUUUUUAUUAAAUAUUAAUUUUAAACCAUAAUUAUAGGAUUUAGUGUAUAUUUAACAUUGGGAAAUUUUAUUUCCGGGAGGAAAUCCUGUCGAAUUUUCCGUUAUUGGGGAAGGGGAGGGUUUCGAUGUUUUUUUUGAUGUAAAAAGUGUGAAUUUUGGAGAAAUUAAAAUUGGGAAUUAAUAAAGUAAAUUAGUUAAAUUAUAUAAUAAUUCAGAUAUGGAGUGUAGAUAUUAAAUUUUUAAUGAACUAGGAAAUGUUUUUUAGGCAAAUAAUUAAAUUGGAGUAAUUAAAGGAAAGUCUCAUGUUAGGAUUUUAAUACUCUUUCAGCCGAUUAAUACUAUUUGUUAUUAUGAAAGGAUUUUUUGUGUAUUAGGACAUAAAAAAAUUUUAUUUUUGGAUGUUUUGGGAACUUGUUAUGAUUUAUUGUUUAAACCAUUACCUAUUGUAUAGAAUUAAAUUGAUAAUUUUAGAUAAAGAAUUAUAGAAGGAAGAGUUAGUUUUAUAGAUUUUAAAUAUAUGGAAAAUUCUAUUUUGUUAAAAAUUAGUGGAGAAUUUAAAUAGAAAUAAUAGUAAUUUUUAUAAUAAAAUAGUUAAUUUAAUAAUAAAAUUGAUAAUUUUAAGGAAGGAAAUAGAAAAAUAAAAAAUAAAGAUAUAUACAGCUAAAAUAACUUUUUAGAUUUUGACUAUCAAGAUUUUAUGUCACUUAGUUAAGGAAGAUAAAUAAGUAUAAAAAAUAACAUGAAUUGUAAUAUAACUAUAUUCUGGACUACAUAAAAAUAAAAUUCAUAGAUAGAUAAUCAUAUGUCUAUAUUUUCUGUAAGACCCGAAAGUGCAACAAUUAAAGAAAAUUAAAGUUUUACAUUCGAAAUAUCCUUUAGACCAAUAAAAAAUAAUUUUUAUUUUUAUCAAUCAUUGUAGUUUUUUGCAUAUAAAUACAGUGAAAAAUUAACUAAAAAUAUGGCCGAUUAAUUUUAAAAGUCUCUAUUAACUUAAUCUUUAAAAUUUCAAUCUUUAGAAUAACAAUAAGUAUAAUAAUAAUAAUAAAAUAAAAAAUAAAAUUUAAGAUAUUCAUCAUAAACAUCCUAAUAAAUUAAAACUUAAAAUAAUUAUAUAUCUGAUGAAACUAUUCCUCCUUUUUGUGGUUAUUUAUACUGUAUAGGUCAUUCUUUCGCUAAUCCUAAUUAAAUAUAUAUACCUAUAAUACAUUUAUAACCUGAAAAAGUAUACUUUAAUAACUGUAGAUUAGGUGAAACCACUUUUUAAACAUUUGAAAUACAUAAUAAAAGUGAUACUCCAGUAUUCUUUAGAAUUCUUAAAGAUUAAGAUGACGUUUUUUAGGUUUUUCCUUAAAUUGGGUUGAUUUAUGGGAAGUCUUUUUGUAUUGUUAGUACUUAGUUUUAGCCUAAAGAGUCUUAAAAAUAUGAGACUUUUUUAUAAAUUUAAUUUAAUCAUUAAAGUGAUAAUUUAAAAAAAGUUUUUCUUUAGGCUUUUUGUAGCAAAAUUAAUUUAAAGGUUGAAAAUGAGGGAAAACUGUUUUUUUCGCCUUGUUUUUUGGGAGUAAAAUCGAAAUAAAAAUUCAAUAUUUGGAAUAAUUCAUUAUUAAAUUUGAAUUUUUUUAUUGAGGUGCCUCCAAAAUAUAGCCAGGAAUUAUUUUUUGAACCAUAGGAAGGAGUUUUGAAAAGUAACGAAAAAUUAGCAAUCUGUUGUAGCUUUAUACCUUAAAAAAAAAAAAAAUAUAAAAUCAAACCGACUAUAAGUGCAUAUGUAAUCGAAAAUUAGUAAAAUUCUAUGGUUGGGGUGUUUAAUCCAGGAUCAGGAUUAUUUACUAAAAACUAAGAGGAGGAAAAAAUGGAUAUAUAAAUGGAAGUUUAAGGAGAAGGAAAUGAUGGGAAUAUUCUAGUUUAGCCAAGAGUGUUGGAUUUUAAGAUUGUAAAAGUUAACUUUUCUGAAAAAAAGAGUGUCUAAAUAUAAAACAUGUCUGAUUGUACAUUUUUUGUGUUUUUUAAGUUAGUUUAUGAUGAAAACUAGGAAGAAAAAGAAGAAAAAAAUGAAUUUUUAAUCGAAAAAAACUUCAAAUUAGAUAUUUAAGAAAGUAUAUUAGCAGCUCAUUCUAAAAUAGAUUUAAAUGUGUAUUUUUUUCCUAUAUAGGUCAAUAAAUUUAAUUUAAAAUUACAAGUUUAUGCAUGUAAUAAUGAAUAAAAUAGGGAAAAAUUAAUACUGAAAGAUUGUAUAUUUUUAAAGGCUGUUGGAAAUUACCCCCUUUUAAAAAUAAUUGAUGUUCGAAAUGAUGUAGUUUCAGUGACUUAAUUAUGGUAAAAUUUCUAAAUUAAUAAAAUAAAUUAAGAACUAGGAAAAGACCUAAAUGAAAACGAAAUUUAAUUUCUAAAUAUAGAGCAAUUAAAUAUAGAAUAAGCAUAAAAAUUGCAAAAAAGUCUCAAAAACUACACUUGGAACUUCGGUUAUUUAUCUAAUAAAAAAAGCGUAAAACCGAGAAUUAUUGUAGUAACAAUUUAAAAUACAGGAGGAACAGAAUUAGACUAUCAUUUUAAAUUACCUUCUGAUUCCUAAAUUGAUGUUGAACCUUGGGCUGAUCCAGGAAAACUAUAAGAAGAAGAUGCUUAUGAGAGAGCUAUUGUGGAAAAAAAGAUAUUUUAAAUAAUACCUAAGUUUGGAACCUUAAAACCUAUGUAAUUAUAAGAUAUUUAAUUAAUUUAUAGUCCAGGUAAUGUCGAAGACGAUUUUUCGCAGUGUUUUAAAUAAUAAUAGGAGAAGUCUAGUUAGUAGAAUUAGAGCCAUGUAUUGAGGGUUGUUCUUUAGAUUUUUAAUGGAAAACCUUUAGUUAUUAAUUUAAAAGGAACUACAUUGUCACCUAAUUAAGGGAUGUUAACAGUAAAGAAAAAAAAAAUAGAUUUGCCAGAUUGCCCUAUAGGAAUGAUUUAGCCUAUUAAAUAUCCUAUAGAGAUAUAGAAUGUGGGUUCGACAAAAAUAAGUUACUAAGUGGAUAUUUAAGAGAUUAAUUAAAAUGGAGAAAAUAUAGAAUCGGCAUUUAAUACUUUCUCAGUGUCGAAUCCAGAAGGCUCCCUUAAUCCAAAUGAAAGAUCUUACUUAUAUUGUCAAUUUAAACCUAGUGUAGCUAAAAAAUACUACCAUAUACUAGUUAUUAAAGCCUAGGACUAUAUGAAACCUUUGAAAGAAAUAAGGUUAACUAUUAGUGGAUAAGGAUAUGCAAAUCCUCCUCCGAAGAAAAUAAAAAGCAAAGAUAAUGAAAUCCCAUAAUAAAGAUCGAGUGUUUCUCCUAUAGGUAGUAAAUGUUGCUUUUCGAUAGAGGAAAUAGAUUUUGGAUUAAUUUUACCAAAUAAACCUACCCAUAGGAUCAUAAUUUUAUAUAAUUUAUCUAAAGAUACUAAACUUACUUAUGAUUUUACUCAAGGUUUCUGCUCUAGUACUAAAACUCCAGGUUUAGUUUGUGAUGAUAUGUUUAUUAUAGACCCUCCUUAAGGAUAAUUAUAACCAGAAGAAUUUAUAGAACUUAAAUUAACUUUAGAGGCGUCUAUAUAACCUUCUAUUUAUGAAGGAGAAAUUGAAUGUACUAUAUAUUGGGGAAAUUAUAAUUUGAAUAAUAAUUAAUUUAAAUCUUCUUUAGUUUCUUAAAAUAUAGGAAAUAUAGAAAAAGAAACUUUAUUUUUCAGAAUAAAAAAAGAAUCAAAACUUGAUAUAAAUUAAAAUAUAUCAAAUCAAAUUUAAUUAAAAAUAUAAAAUUAAAAUGAUCAUUAAUUCGUUAAUUUUAUUACAAGUGCUAUAGAUGACAUAUUAAUUGAUAAUUCGCUAUUUAAAAUCUUAUAAAGAUUAGAUAAAUAACCAAUAUAGCUUUAUAAAUCUUUUGAUGAUUAGGACACUUUUAAUGAAAAUUAAAAUAUUCAUAUUGAAAAUCUAAAUAUGAGUAAAAGAUAAACUAUAGAUUUUAAAAACCAGAGAUUGUUAUUUUUAAAUUAACCGUUUUUAGAUUUAGUUGAUCUUAUUUUUGAAAAUACUUACUUUAAUAUUAUUUAAGAAACUACAAGAAAAGAAUGUGAUUUAUUAAAACUUUCAAAAAAUUUUAUAAUACCAAAAUAAUGA